ACUUCUUGGCGUUCACAUCGCAGCCAAUCAAGCAGCAACCCAAAACCAGCAACAACAAUUUGCAAACCAUUCAAGGACCUAGCUGCGCCAAGAACCGAUUUAAAAUGAUGAAGUUUGUGCAAAUACUUUUGUGUUACGGUCUGCUCUUGACUCUGCUCUUUGCCCUGAGCGACGCACGUCCUUCCACAGGCGAAACAGGACCUGAGACGGAUGGACUAGAUGGCCAGGAUAGUGACGACGUGCGUGGUUCCUAUGGCGGUUAUGACAUGCCUGCUCAGGCAAUCUAUCCAAAUAUACCCAUGGAUCGCUUGCAAAUGCUGUUCGCCCAAUACCGACCCAGUUAUAGUGCCUAUUUGCGUACUCCCACCUAUAGCAAUGUGAAUGAACUUUAUCGUCUACCCGAAAGCAAACGUCAAGUGAGAUAUCGGCAAUGCUAUUUCAAUCCCAUCUCGUGCUUCAAGAAGUAAAUUUUGAAUAACCAAAAUUAAGAACGAUUAACAACAUUUUCAUAAUGCCGAAAGCCCUUGAUCAAAAAGAAAACAAAAAUCUAAAUAACACAAAUGAAUUCUAGAACAUGAAAAAUUAACAUUUUCACACAUUUCCAAUGGAAAACAGAGAUCAAACACAACAACCACAUUUAAUGCAAAUAUUCUAGUGCAAUUAAACUUAAGCUAAGAGACUCAAAUUUGUCUAAUUAAUCGAUAUGAAUGUCUAUGAAUAAAACACACAAAAGGAAAAACUAAUCAAAAAAUGCUUCAUUGUAGUUUCACAUAAUAAUAAUAAUAAUAAUAAAAAA